CCAUAAAAACUAACGGAUAAGCUCCUCCCCCAUCCGAAAGACUUCCCUCGUCUCUCUCUGUCGCUUGCCAUCAAUGCCAUGGCCCAACUCUCUAGGGUUCUUCACACCUCUGUGCUCCCCCACUUCCCCCAGAAUCCAUUACCUCCCUCCAGCUACAACGGCGCCUCUCCUGCAGUCCCCUUCCGCCACAGGACUCGCUGCUCGAUCUCCAGUACUCCGUCCACCACCUCAAGGGCCUCUGAGGCCCGCCCCAUCCCAUGGGGCUGCGAGAUCGAAUCCCUAGAGAGUGCCUCGGCUCUGCAGCAAUGGCUCUCGGAGUCCGGCCUCCCCCCUCAGAAGAUGGCGAUCCAGAGGGUGGAUGUUGGAGAGAGAGGCCUCGUCGCCCUCAAGAACAUCAGGAAGGGGGAGAAGCUCCUCUUUGUGCCUCCCUCUCUGGUUAUCACGGCUGAUUCGGACUGGAGUUGCCCUGAAGUAGGAAAUGUUAUGCGGAGAAAUUCUGUACCAGAUUGGCCAUUGCUUGCAACUUACCUGAUAAGUGAAGCAAGUCUCUUGAACUCUUCAAGAUGGUUGAGUUAUAUAUCAGCCUUGCCUAGACAGCCUUACUCGCUUUUGUAUUGGACACGCUCCGAACUAGACACAUAUUUGGUAGCUUCACAGAUCAGGGGAAGAGCAAUUGAAAGGAUUACUGAUUUACGGGGCAGGUACAACGAUUUAAGAGUCAGGAUAUUUUCUAAAUAUCCACAGUUAUUUCCUGAGGAGGUAUUCAACAUGAACACAUUUGGUGGGUCCUUUGGCAUUCUCUUCUCACGUUUAGUUCGUUUGCCAUCAAUGGAUGGAAAAGUUGCAUUAGUUCCUUGGGCAGACAUGCUUAAUCAUAGCUCUGAGGUGGAGACAUUCUUGGACUAUGAUAAAUCAUCUCAGGGAAUAGUUUUCAUGACUGACAGGUCAUAUCAACCAGGUGAGCAGGUAUUUAUAUCUUAUGGCAAGAAAUCCAAUGGAGAGCUUUUGCUCUCAUAUGGUUUUGUUCCGAAAGAGGGUGCAAAUCCAAAUGACUCAGUUGAGUUGUCAUUGUCUCUUAACAAAUCUGACAAAUGCUACAAGGAGAAACUGGAAGCCUUGCAGAAGUAUGGUUUGUCAAUGCCUCAGAGAUUCCCUUUGCAGAUCACUGGCUGGCCACUGGAGAUGACAGCAUAUGCUUACCUUGUGGUUUGCCCACCAAAUAUGAGUCAACAAUUUGAAGAGAUGGCUGCUGCUGCAUCUAAUAAAAGUAAAUCUAAGACCGGAAUCAACUACCCUGAAUUGGAGGAGCAAACUCUUCAGUUCCUAUUGGAUUGCUGUGAAUCAAGUAUAGCAAAGUACACCAAAUUCUUAGAGGGUGGUGGUGCCCCUGAUUCAGUUCCAACAAAUGCAAAGCAAGCCAAUCGAAAAUCGCUAUUGAAAAAGCUAGCAACAGAGCUUUGCACCAGUGAGCGGAGGAUCCUAUAUCGUUCACAAUAUGUAUUGCGAAGGAGGUUAAGGGAUAUGAGGAGUGGUGAAUUACGGGCAUUAACUCUAUUUAAUGGAUUCAGAAAGCUUUUCAAAUAGGGGAAUGUGAGGUUGAUAGCGGACAAUACUGCAGUUGAGAAAAUUGUUUGUCGUGGAGUAUGUCAACAACCAGAUCGUGAUCUUUAUUCCAUUGUCAUCCACAUGGAAACUCCUGAAAUUUCAUGAGGAAUUAAAUUGCAACAAGAUACUGGUAUCAUAAUAUCUGGUGCAAGUCACCUCUACUGACAUUUAGUUAGACCAUGUUAUUAAGAUAUAAGUCAUUUUGUAACCUGAUAGCCCAAUGGACUGCCUUCCACAAUCACCAUUCCCUUCUUCCGUGUAGUCCACAUGAGAUCUCUCGGAUAUGGCUAUAGCUAUUGGUCGCUCCAGUGGAACUUGGGAUUGUUGCAAUUUGUGAUGUAAAACUUAGUUUUCAGGAGUUUCAAGGAUGUUACAAGUGUGGUGGGGAAAAAAAUAUUUAUAUAUUAUAUCUAAAAUGGAGAUAGCUUAUGUGGAGUUCUUCAUUCGCUA